ACCACUCCUCCACCAACCAGAAGCCCUGCCCUCCCACUCCUUUCAGGCUGUGCAUUGGCAUGGAGCUGGCACUGCCCCUUUCCUGUUAUUUGCUAUGGUUAUUUCGUUUUGGCACAGUUGGUGGGUCCCUAUUACGCAGUUCGUUAGUAACAUUACAAAAUGAAUCUCAAGUGGAACAAAAUGGAACGUGCAAGGGAGUCGUUUUGAUUCACACCAAUCAAGCCCAAAGUCUGGUGUGUGAUGAUCACUGGGAUGUGGAUUCUCCGCUUGCUCAAGUUGUUUGUCAAGAAUCAGGAUGUGGGACACCAAACACUACAUGGAUACUGGAAUCCGCCCCUCGGGAUCUUCUCAGUGCCAUUGAGGGGAUAAUCUGUACAGGAAAUGAAUCAAGAGUGUCUGAGUGUGAGAGUCCAGGACAAGCCGUGCAGCGAUGUGAUCUGCAGAGAAUAGCAGCUGUGUCUUGUAAUCAGGAUGCCAAGGGGAAUUCAGGUAACCACUCCAUCCGUUUAUCAAGAGGCCGCACUCCCUGUGAUGGCCACGUGGAGGUGCUGGAGGACAACAAGUGGAGUCCUGUAUGUUUUACUGGCGUCAAUGAGAGCAGUGCUGAGUUGCUGUGCCAACAGAUGGGGUGUAAGCCACAGAGACCAGUAUUCACAUCCAUACUCAAGGGAAGGCUGUCUUUGGGGGCAGUGUCGUUGCAGUGUCAGGGGAAUGAGACUUACAUGUGGGACUGUGAGCCUCAUGUCCUUAAUGUGUGUAUUAACGGCCCAACCACAUAUCUGCAGUGCAAUCGCUCCAGGAUGGAGGAGUCUUGGCUUGUGUGGACAACCAUCUGUUUUGCCGCUCUAAUGAUUGUGGUGUUCUGUUGCGCAAGAAUUACCAAAUCACAGAAAUGUUGUGGUCACACAUUACACAAAUGUUCAGUGCCCGGUCUCUCUCGUAAAUCCCGCACACGGCAGCACCGUCACUGGGAGCCUGAGCCACGCAGGAGCAUCUACCACAGAGAGCCCCCCGAUGUCAUUGUUGAGGAGACUAACAGUCUUCCUCCCACCCCUAGAGUUCUGCAAAACCCAAAUGAAAUGAAUGCCCUUCUAGCCCCUCACGGAUUUCGCCUGAACAACACAAUUACUCCUCCACCCAGCUACAUGCAUGCACUCAAAGUCGUGUCUCGUCCACUGGAAAAUACCCAGACACCACCUCCCAGUUACCUGGAGGCGUUGAAGGUCCUAUCCAGGCCGGUCUUAGUCCAUGUUCAUGCAGUAGAGAAUUCCGAGGAGAAAGAAGAUCUUGCUGCUCUCACAUCUCACGAGAAGGAGGACUCUUAAUAUGUACUAGAACAAAGCCUUGAGACUUAUUUUAUAUAUUUUGAAUGGAGGAUUCGGGAACAUGAUUGUACCAAGAUGUCUUUACUAUAUGUCAUUAUAAUUAAGCCCCAUAACUUAUUCUCUGUCUCAGAAUUGAUCUCAAUAAUUCCUUCUAUUGCUUAAUAAUACGGUUUCCAAUAACUAUAAAUACCAUUUUAUGUUCCGCAUUUCUCAUAAAACAUUUUAUUUAUUUUUUUGUGUCAUCAGAACUCUUAAUAAGGCUCUUUAUAUCUGCUCCCUUUAAUUUCUCUUAUUUCUUUAUAUAACGGUUUUAGAUCUAAGAUAUUUUGGCAAUUUCUAGGUUAGAUUUGCUGCCAUCUAUGUUACGAAUAUUCAGCUUUUCAUAGCAUUUCCAUUGUUAGUUCAGCCUUGAAGACGUCAACAGCCUUGUCCUUCUGCCUAUCCAUAUAGAGCAGACAACCUCAAACUUGGCCCUCCAGAGGUUUCGGAACUACAUUUCCCAUUAUGCUCAGCCAGCAUAUCAGCAGGCUGAGCAUUAUGGCAAAUGUAGUUCCAAAACCUCUGGAGGGCCAAGUUUGAGGAUGUCUGAUAUAGAGGAAUAUUUGCAUAGUAUGUUUGACGCCCUAUGGUCUAGGACAGGGAUGGGCAAUUACUGACCCUCCAGAUGUUAUGGACUACAUCUCCCAUUAUGCUUUGCCUGCAUUAUGGCUGAAAGAGCAUUAUGGGAGAUGUAGUCCAUAACAUCUAGAGGGCCGAUAGUUGCCCACCCCUGGUCUAGGAGUUCUACUACUUUAAUAGUCAAGUGAAACAAAGGUCUUCUCCUAAAACAAUGAAAAUGAUUUACAGUUUAAUAUGUCUUCAUGGAAAUUUUGAAACUAAUGUAAAGUGUAUUGGCUGCCCUGCACCAUCUGGAUAUGUUAUAUAGAACAAUCUAGAGUUAUCAGUACUGAAUUGAGAAUUCAGUAUGGCCCAGAUUACAAGUGGCACAUUAUUAUUUUUCGAUCAAGCACUAAAUGCGCUCAAGUAAAAAAAAAAAAAAUUAACUGUGUUAGCGAUGGUAUUACAACUUUUACAAAACACCUUCUUAGUUAUUGCUUGUGCGCUAACCGACACUGUACUAGAUCAACUGCUCCAAACCUGAAGGUGCGUAAGGAAAUUCCUAUGUCCCUCACAUUGAAGAAAAUGUUUUUUAUUUUGAAAUAUGUUUUUUAUAAAAUAUAUAUAUACCUAUAUAUCUAUGUGAAUAUACACACACAACUUGUGUAUAUAUAUAUAAAAAUACCCAGGAAUAUAUAUAUAUUAAUAUAUUGAAAAAUAAAAGUAACAUUUCCUCUAAAUUAAUUUAAAGUAUUUGUAUUCAAAACACAUUAAAAUUAAUUAAAAAUGAUAUAGCACGUUUCAAGGUAUUUGACUGGGAAGGGCUCAAAAGUGUGUUUAUAUAUGUAUAUAUGUGUGUAUUUUGUAUGUGUAUGUAUGUGUGCACGUAGAUAUUUACACAUGUAUACACACAUACACAUUUAUGGACAUGUAUACAUACAUAUUUAGAAAUAUAUAUAUAUGUGUGUGUGUGUGUACUUUUGAGCCCUUUCCAGGCAAACACCUUGCCAUACCAUAUCCCUUUUUAACCCUUUUAAAACAUUUGUUUCAAUAUUAAACUAUGUUUUAUUAAAAUGUGUAUAUAUGAGUUUAAUACUUUAUUUUAAUGUGUUUUUUAUGUGUUUUGUACAACUUUUUUUUAACUCUCAAGACAUGCUAAAUAUUCUUGCACAGUUUCGGCUUUCGCUUGAGCACAACCUAUAACUUUCAACUUAUUUAGCAUGGUCACGAUAUCCAUUGAAAGUAUAGGUUGCGGUAUAGGUGUGUCGGCCGUGCUAACCCUUUUCUGGUAAAUAGGAUUUAAUAUGAACUUGUAAUAUCCUGUGCAAUUUUUAGCACUCCACUUGUUAUCUAACCCACUAUCUUCCAUCAAAGAACCAACCAGACCAAAUUCAAAAUUAGUUAUUCUCACAGCUGGAUACAUUCUUCAUUGAAUCUACUAAAGAUAAAAAAACAACAACUAGAGAUCAUGUAAACUGACUGGCCCAUGCUGACAAGACAGAAUUUUUUAGUCAUCCUUUGUUUAUGUACACUUAGUGCUAAGUUACUCACUUAUAACAUUGUACUGUGAAUUUGUGCUAUUGCUAUGAGAAAGAUAACCAUGAGGUACUGAUCAUAUUGUAAAUGUUGUCUAAACCACCAUGUGGAGUUUAAAGAGUAUAACUACUUAAAAAUAAACAUGUUCCUGUUUUAUAUAUA